CAAUAGCCCUUACCACCACCGACGAGACCCUUACUCUCACUAUUCUCAGCUUAUCUGUGUUCUUUUCUUCGUGGCUGUAGCUCGUUUGUUGGCUUGUUUGUUAGCUCGUCUAUUGGCUCGUCUAUUAAUCGAAAAUAACUUAGAUUGUUCUGGAAGAAAUUCGGUACUUUAUGUACACGUUAUCAUGAAUGUAUAAAGUCAUUAGAUAAUCGUUUCCUAAUACCCUAAAAUAAAAUAUAUUAAAAAAAAGGAAGAGUAGUGCCAUAUCUGAAGAAAAACUAAUAAAAUAAGCACACAUUCUUAUAUUAUAAAGAAUCAAUAACUUAGAAACCAAUGGGUAAAACAAAAAAGAAAUCAGCACAAAAUCCAAAUGUAGCUGUAAAACAAUCGAUAGAUAGAAUAAAAAGUGGUUCAGUAAAAAAAAACAAAAAUCUCAAGUUGAAAGGUACAUCUGAAGGCAAAAUAGCUUUGAUUAACAAUUCAAAAAUGCAAAAUAAAAAUAAACUAUCUCAGAAAACUACAGACACAAAGAAUAAUCAAAAUUUACUUCAAGAUAACAAGAAAGAAUUAAAUGGAGAACAAUAUUCUAUGAAAAGAAAAAAAAAUGGUUCAAAUAAAUCACAAAACAAAUCGGUCAACAAGAAGAUGAAGGAAAAGAAAUUAAAAGUUAAUAAUGCUAAGUCAUUGGAUUGGCAAAAGAAGAAAAGUGAAGUUGGUGAUGGUCCAGAUGUUGACAAGAGUUUAACAGAUGAAUCAGAGGAGGAUAGUUCGUCCUCUAACAUGGAUGAUAUUUCGUCAGUUCUCUCGGAUGAUAGUUGGUCAUUUGCCACUGAUAAGGAGCUGGCAAAUGAAAAGGAAAAGCUAAAGCAAAAGCAAAUGAUUGAGCAUGAACAUGCAAAAGUAUUUACCGGUAAAAAGUCAAAAAUUGAGGAAGAUAAUAGCAAUGACUCUGAUAGUUCUAGUUCAUGGGUUUUGUCGGAUGACGAGAAGGAAGAAGAUGAUGUUCCAGAUAUACUUGGGAAGAGUUUACCAGAUGAAUCAGAAGAGGAUGAUGAGGAUUUUGAAGAUGCAGAUGAUAAAGAUGAAGAUGAGGUUGAUGAUGAUGAUGAGGAUAAGGAUAAGGAUAAGGAUAAGGAUUGCAAAGGUGAAGAUGUUGAGGAUAAAGAUAGCAAAAAUAAAAAUGAGAAAAAGUUAGAUAAAUUCGUAAACGAAGGAUCUGAUUAUGAUGACGAUGAAGAUGAUGAUGAAAGAGAUGAAGAAGAUGAUGAUGAAAGAGAUGAAGAAGAUGAUGAUAUAGAUGAAGAAGAGUAUAAAAGCGAUGAUGGAUCAAUUGAUGUGAGAGAACUUCAAACCAUGCCAGAGAUAGAAAAUGGUCAAUAUUCAUUCUCCCCUGAUGGAAACGUCAAUAGAACAACUAUUAAAGUUGAACGUCUACCCAACAGUAUAACUGAAGAAGAAAUAAAAUCAAAAUUUUUAGAGUUUGGUACCAUUACAAACAUAGUAUUCAGAACGGAACGAAAAUGUAAAAAUGAAUUUAAUCAAAAUCAUCAUCCAUACUUUGAAGUUUCAGCAUUGAUUGAAUUUAAAAGUCCAAUAUCUGCCAGAAGGGCAUAUAGCAUGCAAGGAAAGGAAAUUGGAGGACGCAAAAUAAUUGUACAGUAUGUGGAUAACCCUAACUUACGCCCCAUAUUUGAUAGUAGUAAAUGUAUAUGGGUAGGCAAACUGUCGAUGGGUAUAGAUAGCAACACGAUUUGGAAAAUAUUCAAUGGAUGUGGAGACAUAGAGUGUGUAAAGCUAUUUCGUUAUUCAUCAGGACAUACUAAUGGGUAUGCUUGUGUUGUCUAUGAGACCCAAGAUGCUGUAGAAAGGGCUCUGGAACUAAAUGGAUGUAUGAUAUUUAAUCGCCAAGUAGAAGUACGAACCUCUGCUUCUAUACACAAAGAAAUAGAAAACGCUAAAGAAAUAAAGAAAGUUAAAGACGCAGAAAAAUUGCAAGGUAAAAGCAAUGAUAAUAAUCCAUCUAAAAAGUUCAAGACUAAUUCGGGAGAUGCUGUAACACGUAAAGUUGAAGAUAAAAAACAACAGAUACCUCAGAAAAGUAAUGGCCUCGUAGAAAAGACAUCGACUUCAUUCCAGGGUCAAAAAGCUAAUUUGAAACAGAAAAAGAAGAACAAAAAAUUCAACAAGCAAAAAAUGCAAAUGGCGAAAAAACUCGCAGCUAAACUAAAUAAACCCGCAAAAGUUUAAGUGAACAAUGUUAUGUUAAAUUUUAUAAUUCAUAGGAUACAAUUGAGAAAUAUUAUACUCAACAUAUGACUCAUAACGUUCAUUUAGUAUAAAAAAAGUAAUUGCUGAUUUUGUUUUGUUCAAAAGUUUUUAUAACGAUACAUGAAUUAUUUCAUAUAUAA